UUUUGAAGUUCAUCACCGGAAGUGGGUGCUUUUAGCUAUCCGGACAUAAAGCAGAUAGCAGAAAGGGAAAUCAAUCGUCAAACUAAACAUUGUAAAGACUGGUUGAAAAUGGCAGGAACGGCUUCGGUAGCUGGGGAGGUGUUCGUCGAUGCGUUGCCAUAUUUUGAUCAGGGCUACGAUGCAGCAGGUGUCAGAGAAGCUGCUGCAGCACUGGUUGAAGAGGAGACCAGAAGGUACCGACCUACGAAGAACUACCUGAGCUACCUGCCCACGCCUGACUUCUCUACUUUUGAGACAGAAAUCAUGAGGAAUGAAUUUGAGCGGUUGGCGUCUCGGCAGCCAAUGGAUCUCCUGAGCAUGAAGAGAUAUGAGCUGCCUGCGCCCUCAUCGGGACAGAAGAACGACAUUACAGCGUGGCAGGAGUGCGUGAACAACUCGAUGGCCCAGCUGGAGCACCAGGCGGUCCGCAUUGAAAACCUGGAGCUCAUGUCGCAGUAUGGAACCAAUGCAUGGAAAGUCUACAACGAUAACUUGGCUUUCAUGAUUGAGACGGCUCAAAAGGAGCUUCAAAAAAUCAGGAAACAAAUCCAGGAUUUGAACUGGCAGCGUAAGAACGAUCAGUUGGCAGCAGGAGCCAAACUACGAGAGCUGGAGUCUAACUGGGUGUCACUGGUCAGUAAGAACUAUGAGAUUGAGCGGGCCAUCGUCCAGCUGGAAAACGAAACCACUCAGCUCAGACAGCAGCAGGGGGAUGAGAACAAGGAGAACAUCCGACAGGACUUCUAGAGCAGCAGCACCAUCACUCAGUCAGACAGGCUUCAUCUUUUUUCAUAAGGCUGACUGGACUGAGGAGCAGCCUACAAGUUACCUCUAUGGAGCAGCUUCAAUUGUCCAGUAACUUUGAUAUUCAAAAGUGAGAAAUCUCAACUAAAGUGGCAAUCUCAUAUAUCUCUUGAAUCUCACAGAAACCCACUUCACAACACUUUACAUGCUUUCAUACAAAUUCACCAACAGACAAUGGGCUCCGUAUCAUUUUGUGGCACGUAAGUGACUUUAUGACUUUUUUUUUUGAGAUGAAAGUCUUUGAGAUUGCCACUUUAAUGGGGCAUGCUGUAAAAGCAAAGGUGGAAUGUGGGGGAUAUUUAUGGGAAUCUUUUUUAAGGGUAAUAGAUUUUCAAAGCAGGACUCUGACAGAACAUAUUUGUCACAUAUGCAAUACAACUCAUCCACACUUUAUUGCUGUGCAGCUGAUGUCACUGAGUCAGUUCUAUUGUCGUGCUGCUGCUGUACUGGCAUUAACAUUCAAGAUGAUUCCGCGGAUGCCUCGUUAUGUUGUGCAUUCUUUCUUCAAAAUCAAAUGUUUCAGUGUUUGAGGCUGCCCUCUGACAGGAGCUACUAUGAGAGUAAGUGUAUAUAAUUUGUAAUGUCUAGUAAAAUUGACUACAAUUCAUGUCAGUUUUGAGCUGUUUUAAUAAAAUCACCUUUUGUUAUA